AUGGCCACGCGUUCCGGCCCGACGGAGUGCCCGGAUCACAUAUUGGCCAAACAAAAGGAAUUCGAAAGCGACCUGGCCACCUUCCCUUCCCCCUACGCCCUCUUCUACUUCGACGAGACAGCCCCUAACAACAUCCUGCUCAAGAAUGACCUUGGCCAGCGAUGCUGCUCGAAACCAGACAACCAGAAGAUCCCAACCCGUGUAGAUUCCAAUUCCGGUGCCAAGGUCUCCAAGAAGGAAGCGAUGCAGUAUAACCUGAGGAAAAUGUUCUUUGACGUCGAUGACAUCCGCCUGCCCCAAAACGGCACUGGCCUCAAAAUGCUUCCUUCAUAUACCACCUCCUACAAGAACUAUCCGGCCGUGUGCUAUGACGUCGUCACCCCUGCACACUACAACCAAUUCUUCCGAGUGCGCCAGCGCCCGGGAAUGUUCGCCUAA